AUGGUUACAGGAUUCAAUAUAGAUCCUUCAAGUGCUCCUGAUACAGAAUCGACAAAUUUUCCCUACAGAAAGUUAGUCGGAUCUUUGAUGUAUUUAGCCUGUACAUCAAGACCUGACAUUAUGUACUCAGUAUCAUAUCUUAGUAGAUAUUUGGAUAAGCCCAACAAAGAGUUGGUUACGGCUGGGAAAAGAAUAUUGAGAUAUUUAAAAUCUACAGCAGACAAAGGACUUGUAUACAAAAAGGGACCAGAAAAACUGGAAGCCUAUUCGGAUGCAGAUUGGGCAGGUGAUCGAAGUGAUAGAAAGAGCACUAGUGGAUCACUAAUACUGUAUGGGGGAAAUCCAAUCAGCUGGUUCUCCAAGAAGCAGACUUGCGUUGCACUUUCAACAGCAGAAGCUGAAUACGUUGCAGCCGCAGUCAGUGCUCAAGAAUUGGUCAACCUGAAGGGUGUUCUCUCCGAGUUCAGUGAAGGGAAGUGA